AUUCGGGUUAGUUAAAUGAGUCGAGUUGAGUGACACGGGGUUGUAAAAUAACGGCCGACCUUCGAUGUUGGUGCACCACAUUCUUGGGGCAAUAUACAUACAUACAGGAGACAAGGCGUUAAACAGGCAAAACUGUUUUUAUGUGCUGGCCAGGACGCAACGGCCCGGGGGUUCCGGCCACCCACCCACGUCAUGAAUAAUGAACUCGUCGUUUUGGGGGGAUCUUCUAGAUACAUUUGCGACUGUGCUCAGCUGCCUACUCCCCUCAUUUUAAACGGAGAAAAUGUUAAAAAAGGGCGGAAACAUCUGUGACUGUGGACGUCGGGACCGGUCGCACCACACACACCAACCACUCAACUCGACUUUGAAAUUGAAAUUGAUUGUUUGUUCAAUUAGCUGGUCCAUUACCAGCUGUGUGAACUGUUGCCUUCCAUCACACUCCAUCGACUUACCUCGCUCGCUCGCUCGUCGUCCGACUCUGCUGGCCGUUUUCAUUUCCAGGAAAGAGAGAAACAACUUAUUAUACAACUCGGAUAUGUCUCUUGGGGUGGUCAUCUCUCAUGGGCAGUUCCAUCUGCCAUGGGAGGGAAAUAAUUGGCGGACACCCUAUUUCCGUCCGCAACACGUCGUCCGUAAUUAUCAUCCGGUUUAUUACGAUUACUUACACGAGCGUGUUCCACCUUUGCACCAGUUUAGCCCAAUCAACCGCGUCGCGCAUAUGAAUCCAGAGUUAGUCCCAAGUUUUAUGGACGCGGGCUUUCAAAAUGUCUUCAGCGAAAAUGAAUUUCCAAAUGACCAGCCAAGGUUCAAAGGAUUCAAUCGCUACCGGCCAUCAAGUGUGGCAUACGAGCAGGAACCGCGCUUCUUUUUCAAAAACGUCGCCAGCGCUUAUUCGAAUGUGUUCGAUAAAACUGCGACGUUCACUUUGACGUCAUCCGUCACUCUCACCACUGUCGAGACUUGCAUUGCGGCCAUCAACAUUUUAGAUGCCCCGAAAACCACGUACUGUCGUCGCAAACGAGAUUUCCUCGGCGACUUGGCUGACGACUUUCAAUUUGACAUUGUUCCUUCGCGAUCGGAACAAGUGAUGACGACCAAGUUUCCUUCGCCUGACUUGAUGUUGGAUGGCUACACGAUCGAUGGUAACGCAAUUUCCCUGGAUAGCAUUCCGCAAGUCGAUCCUGAUGGUGAAACGUCAUUUCAAGAUGUCACGACGUCGUUUAAAGACCCGAAUCAAGUCUCUACUUCCGUUGAAGUGCCGGCCUUCUUAUCGUGGUGGAAUAAUUUACGAGGGAAAAUGUUGUUCAGCCAUUCGCUGGCGUCGACAACCGUCACCUCCUUCUCGUUCACGUCGACAACUGUCACGAAAACAGUUGCCAUCGCUGACGAAGCUCAGAUUAAGUGUCUGCCAUUAGGCUGGGUUGUUUGCUAUUGAACUUUUCAAUCAAUUGCGACUCAAGUGAACGAUGUCUUACUAAUUUGAAUCAUUAAAAACGUGUAUACCAUUUUUGAAGCCAAUAUUUUUAAUGAACACAUUUCAAACCUUUGUAUCUCCAUUCGUGCAAUAGUUUCACUGUGCUCGCUGUACUAAAGAUCUUAAAUGAGCUAUACUUGCUGGCUGCGCUUAGUGUUUUAUACAGCUGUUUCUUUCUGUCGCCGCUACAUUAUUUUCUUUUGAGGUUUUUUUCAUUUCUUAAUUGAAAUUAACUACACGAAA